UGUUCAGUGGGGCAGCUUUUAGCCAAGUGAAACGUCUAACUGAUCUGAUGAAAAUGACCUUCAUUAGCGAUUCAUCAUUUUCAAGAAUCCAAGAUAGUGUACUUGUGGGUGUGAUUAACAGUAUGUGGAAAGAACAUCAGGAGGAAAAUUUACACAAACUCAGCGGAUCGGCAGUAAUUGUGGCAGGCGACGGUCGUUGUGAUUCACCUGGAUUUAGUGCUAAGUAAGGAACUUACACACUUAUGGAUCUAAACACUAAUUUGAUAUUAGACUUCUAUAUCACCCAGUGUACUGAAGCAGGAAACUCUGUAAAUAUGGAAAAAUAUGGUCUGAAAAAAUGCAUUGAAAACCUACUGGCUUCAGAUGUUUCAAUUGACACUCUAACUACUGACAGGUACGUCCAAAUACGGUCCUUCUUGAAAAAGGAGUAUCCAGAAAUCAAACAUCAGUUUGAUGUGUGGCACAUUGGUAAAUCUGUCGGGAAGAAAAUAAGCCAAAAGUCAAAAGUGAAAGGUUGUGAAAAACUUAAAGAUUGGCGUAAAUCCAUUGUUAACCACUUAUGGUAUUCCUGUGCAACAUGCGAUGGUGAUGAGGACAUUCUAAUCGAAUGCUGGAUAUCUGUCUUGCAGCACAUUACAAACGUUCAUGUUUUCCCAGGUAAUCAUGUCACCGAAUGCCGCCAUGGCGUAUUAGGGGAAGAAAUCCAAAGAAAAACCAAAUGGUUAAAGCCCAACAGUGCAGCCCAUCUCGCCCUCAAGGAGAUAGUGAUUAACCCUAGACUUUUAAAAGACAUAAGACAGUGUUCAAAAUUUUGCCAUACAGGGAACUUGGAGUCGUAUCAUUCACUGAUGUUGAAGUACUGCCCAAAGCGACUUCAUUACAGCAUGGCAGUAAUGAAUGCACGGACUCAACUGGCAGCACUGGAUCACAAUUUUAAUGUAAACAGAUCACAGGCCACUAUCAAAAAGGGACAGCGAAAGGGGGAAGCAAGAUAUCGGACUGAAUGUCCCAAAAUGUCUAAAGAGUGGGUAGCGAAAAAAGUGUAUGAAGAGAAAUCGUAUGAACAUGUUCACAAGUUGAUGGACAGAGCUGUAUUUAGUUUACAGAAUAACCAUUUACCAGAACGUCCCGUGAAACGAAGUCUUCCAAAAAACAUUUCUGGGACAGAAAAACCAAACAAAGAGGAGAUAAUUAGAAAACGAGUAUCUAGGUUUAGUUCUUAAAAAGAAAACUGUUUAUUUGGUGAAAACAUGGGUACGUUCAACUGAUGUGUGUAGCAGUGUGAUUUGCUGAAAGUUUCUUAUCUUAUGAAUUGGAAAAAAUCUAUUAAAUUAGAGAUUACUGUCCUAGACAGGACUGGAUUUAUGUGAUACCUUGUGUGUGUGUGUUUUUUUUUCUAAAGAAGAUUGUUAUCAUGAUUAGUUGUUUUUCGUAAUGUACAGGAACUGAAUUUGUACAGGUUUCAUUAGGCGUGAAAAGAAAAAUUGUUUGUUUCCGGUAUCCUGACCUAUCCUAAAUUUUUGGACUGACCAAGAAAGUUUUUUGACCUUUGAGAAUAACUUUUUUUCAACUUUUUGACAAAAAAAUUCCUGAUGCUCCAAAGGCAUAACCCCUUAUUUGUAUUCAUACUUCUGACACAAAAAUAAUUUCCGAGGUGUCUCCCUUAAUAAAAAAAAAUAUUCCAAAAAAAAAUUUCCUUCCUACCUUCCCUAAUUUAUUUAAGCAUGUUACUGGAAACUAAUUUUUUUUAGGCCUUAUAAGUACAUACAAAUGAACUAUAAAGUGUUAUGGUUUUAUUUUGCACUGUGGGGUAACCUAUAUGAAUGUAAGGUAUACUAUUCCAUGAGUAUCUGUUGGAAAUUGUACUUGAUGCAUCUUUACAACAGUAAAGCAGCAUGUUCAGAAACUUUGGUUAAAAAAAUAAUAUUUUAAAACAGUAACUGUUUUACUGGCAAUGCAUAUAUGCUGUAAUUCUUAAAAGGUGUCUGUGUUAACCUUAGCAAUGCUGGACACGACUAGUUCUGCCUUUGCGACCAAUUUAGAAGAUGAUCAGCCUAUCCAUCUGUGCAGUCUGAUCAAGAUCUGCACUUUUCCCCAUUUAGUCAGUAUAUUUUUGGUAUGAACCCCUUUUGACAGAUAUGGACCAGUUUAUUAUAGAAAUUAAGCAGGCUAAGGGUAAAAACAUUUAUUUAAUGGGAGUGCAAGAUAUCUGUAUAAAUAUGUUAUGCAAUCAAAAUAUUUAAGGUGUCGUAAUUAUUUAGCUUUUAUAUAUUAUUAAACUUUGAAAUUCAAAAAAGUCUUUAUCUGUGAACCAGUUGCUUUAAAAUGAUCAAUUUGUUUAGAUUGGUAUCAUGAAAAAGUUCAGUUGUAUUUAAUCCAGCUGUUCUUUUUAUUUUAUUCAUUUAUAAGUUCAAGUGUCAAUUAUCAGAUUGUUGUUUUUAUUUCUUACUGAGAAUUUUUUACAGAUUCUUUGUUAUAUGAACUAUCAUAAAUUUUAGGUUAAAAACAGAAUGUAUUCUGGUGUGAAGCAACAAACCACUGUUUAGACUAUUUGAUAGCCAUCUUUAAGUGGGCUAAAGUAGAAAUAUAGCAAAAUUGAAAUUUUAUUUUUAAUGUUAUGUAAGAAAAUAACUGAAUGUGUACCGGUCUGUAGAUGGAACUGUUUGACCGUAGACAUUCAUACAUUGGGCAAUAGUCCCGACUAUUGUCUGACAGAUCAUUCAGUUUACAUUAUUUGAAGCUAUUUUUCAGUGGUUUAUCGAAAUAAAACUAGGGAAAUGUACUUGAAAUUUCCACUUUUUUUCAGUCAGUGGGAUUUUUUAUUCAUAGUUUUCAGUUUUUAAAGCACAAAUCUAUUUGAAAGGAAGAAAAAGAUAAAUAUUCAUGCUUCUGGGACAGAUAUUUGAAUAGUCUACCAAUAAUUGGCUGUCUUAUGGACAGUUCUUCUUCACUGACAUUUGUACCUAAUCUGUGAUACUAGUAUUUCAGUAAAUAAAAAUAAUAUCCUGUACUUGUAUAUACAUAUACAUUUUACUAUAAUUAGAUAAAAUUUUGUAGAUACUUGUAUAUAUAUAUAAAUAACUUCCAAGUUGUUUGUUGGCUGUGACAGCAUCAAUAAGCAGAAAAAUAUAAUUAAGAUUGAA